GACAUCUCUCAUCCUUAACCUGCUCCAGUCCUCUGAUCUCUGCAUCAACAUGACCCUGCGCACAAAUUUACUGCUGGCAGCUACUGCAGUCUGCUGCUUCACAGCAUUGCUUGCAUUCCCAAUGGAUGGUUUUGCUACCAACAACAAGUGUCGCUGUAUAACCACAACUAAAUCCGUAAUCCCACCUCGGCUCUUCAAAAGAAUUGAAAUUCUGCCUCAAGGUGCAAACUGUAGAGAAAUCGAGAUUGUGAUUACCAAAAAGAACAACCAAGUCGUUUGUAUUGACCCUCGUGCUACAUGGAUCAAGAACGUCCUGCCCAAAUUAAUGAAAAGCCAUAGAAAAGUAAAGGAAAGUAUCUAACCCACUGUGGCAUAUACAGAUGCAGAUAGGAACCACCACAACAAAGACAUAUUAACUGCUCUUGCUUUCCUGUAAAAUGUCAAAUGAACUGUAUUGAGUGUUGGUGGGUGACCUUAGCUACCAAAUGCAAGAACUAUGUCUGUGAAAUUGAUUUGAAAUAAAAACCUCACAACCAG